ACUAGUGUUGUACUCAUCAGAUGGAGGGUUCUGUAGACGAGGAAUCAACCAAAUCAGAUGAAGAGUACGACGACUUGGCCAUGAAGGACGGCUAUUCAUCUGACGACGAUGAGGACUCCAGAACUCGUUCUAAUAGGCUAACAUGCACCACACAGACCGAAACCAGUUCAGAAAAGAACAUGAGAAAUAAUGAAACCUUUCAAAAGCUAAGGCGCUGCCAUUCUCAUUCAGAUAGAAAUCAUAGAAACAAAGACAGAAUCAGGAAUCGCUCACAGACUGAUGUCCUUAGAAUUCGCAGUAGAUCACACAGCAUUUCUGCAUCAUUCUUCGGCGAGCAGCCUAUUUCUGAGGUUCACAACGGUGUUGUUCAGGCCAAAUCAGUGCGGUUCUCCUUUAAAUAACCUGUUCAGUGGGCAUCAAUGGCUGUGUUCGGUUUUUCAGCAUAAUUGUUUUGAGAAUCUCCCGGAAUACUGAUUAAGAUGCCGUUAUGAGGCGAGUUGGAAGGACCUUGGGAUCACACCUUUUUAUAGUAUAUAUAAAGAUAUUUUUAUUUAAAGAGAUGAUGAGAUCAUGUUGAAAAUAUAUUCUUAUGGGAUGGCUUUAGCAUUUCACAUUUUUUUAAGAUUACUAUGAUUUGAAAA